AUGACGUCUGCAAGAGACAUUGACGUUUACUUGAGGCCUUUAAUGGAUGACCUGAAAGACUUAUGGAUAAAUGGAGUUCAAACACAUGAUGCCUCAAGUGGAGAAACGUUUCAGCUGCAUGCAUGUGCAUUAUGGACGAUCGGUAACGUUUUAACCUAUGAGAGUUUUUCCGGUUGGAGUAUGGCGGGGCUUUCAGCAUGUCCAACCUGCAACUAUGAGACGUCCGUGCUGCCACUCAAGGGUAAGAAAUGGUCACUCGAGAGUAAGUCAUGUUAUUUAGGUCAUCGUUGUUACUUGCCUCCUGGACAUGCUUGGCGAUAUCAUAAACAAUAUAAGGCAGAUUGGGAAGGAGAAGAUGGUUUGCCACCACUGGAAAUGCAAGACAAAGGACGCAAUAAGAGAUCGUUUGGACUUGCAUUGGCUGAUUUGGAGAUAAGAAGAGAAUUGCACUUGCAGCACCGUAGGAAUCAUUUAUUGAAACCACCUGCAUGUAACACUUUGUCGAGACAAGAAAGUACUUAUUUUUGCAGAUUUUUGAAGCAUGCUAAACUUCCGGACGCUUAUGCAAUAGACAUCUCAAAAAACAUUAGUGUUGCGAACGUAACAAUAUCCGGACUGGAGGCAUAUGAUUGUCAUGUGAUAUUGCAACGACUUCUUCCAAUAACAGCUCAUCCAUACUUGCGCAAGGAUAUUACAACAACAUUGGCCGAGCUAUCCAAUUUCUUCCAACAAAUAUGUGCUAAAACUUUGCGUGUUCAAGAUUUGGACAAGCUUCAAGAGAGGAUUGCGUUAAUUUUAUGCAAGCUUGAGAAAAUAUAUCCACCCUCAUUCUUUGAUCUUAUGGUUCACUCGGCUGUGCACUUACCACAUCUAGCAAAACUUGUUGGACCAGUUGGCUUUCGGUGGAUGUAUCCGUUUGAAAGAAAUUUGGAGAAACUUUGCAAGUUCGUUAGAAAAAAUGCUCAGCCAGAAGAUUCAAUUGCAGAGGCAUACAGUGUAUAUGAAGCACUAAGAAGGCCCAAUAACCUUGUCUUGCGAAGAGAUGGAAAAAGUCCACUUGGAAGUACUACUUACCUGCAAAGAGUUGCAGUCAUGCUGAAAAAACUGCGCCAAACUGAACCAACAGCCGUCACAGAUGAAUUGUAUGCAUUGGCUAAUGGACCUGAAAUGAGGGUGAAUACGUACUCUGGUGGCAUUGUCAAUGGAGUACGGUUCCUUACUGAAGAGGAAGAUAAGCAUAGGAUUACACAGAAUAGUGCGGUGAAUUCUACUGAAUUGCAUGAAGGUGAAGAUGUGGACUUUUAUGGUGCUUUACGCAGUGUGUUGGAGUUGAGCUACCCGUCUGGCUAUCGUGUUAUUCUGUUCAAGUGCAAAUGGUUCGACACCAAUCCAAACACGGAAGCAGUAAGAAUUGAUUGUAACAUUGCAAGUCUUGGCUCUGAUAAUACGUGGUAUGAUGAUUAUCCAUACAUACUUGCGGAUGUAGUACAACAGGCAUUUUACAUCAAUCUGCCAUAUCCUAGGACACAUAUGCAAAAAGUGCAGUACUCGCAGUUUUGGGAUGCUCUUGAGAUAAGUGAGAACGAGGAAGACACCGUAAAAGCUGGACCGAAGUCUUGCAAUUUUACACGGACUAGCCAUGUUGAUGAUCUUGAAGCUCGAAGUUUUGAUUCCGCAUCUGGUGAAGCAGAGAUGAUUAACACCAACUUAGAGCCCAAUUUACACGAUGAUGUAACCAAUGAAGGUGAAAAGUUCGAUGACCUCUUUAUUUAUUACACCUCUUUCAGUAAUCUCUCUUGCAGUGACAGUGAAAGCUUGUCAAGUGAUGGUGGCAGUGAUGCUGGUAGCGAAGUCGACAGCAAUCGGUUACUCAUCAACAAGGAAUCUGAGAAGAAGGAUUUGGAGUAUGGAUCCGCUCUAAGCAGCUUAUCAGUGCCGGAGAAUCUACUUAGUUGGUGUUAA